UUGUGUAGGUUAUCCUAUUCUUCAUGAGAGAUCAUGUGUCAUUAUCUCAGUAUAUUGUUUCAGCAUCUCUCAGAUUCAUCGCUAUUGGAGACUGGGGAGGAAUACCAACCCCCCCAUUUUUCACAGAUGUGGGGAAAGCUACUGCUGCUGAUAUGGCUAGAGUGGCCCACAACAUGGGACUGAACUUUGUCUUGAGUCUUGGAGACCAUUUUUAUUACCAUGGGGUCACAGACAUUGAGGAUUUACGCUUUAAGGCGACAUAUGAGACUGUGUUUGCUGAUCCUUCACUUGUUAACAUACCUUGGUAUGCUGUAGCAGGAAACCAUGACCAUAUGGGCAACGUAUCUGCACAAGUAGCUUAUUCCAAAAUUUCAGCACGAUGGAACUUUCCUGAUUUGUACUAUGAUUUGAAGUACAAGAUCCCAAACUCCAAUGUUACAGUCUCAGUUCUAAUGAUUGAUACAGUUCUGCUUUGUGGAAACACCAAUCAUGAAGUGCACCCAAAAGGACCUGAAGAUGCUGCAGUUGCUGCCAAGCAUUUCCAAUGGAUUCAAGAAAAACUGGAAAGUUCCAGGUCUGAAUUUCUAAUUGUAGCUGGUCAUUACCCUGUCUGGUCUAUCGGACACCAUGGCCCCACACACUGUCUAGUUGAGCAGUUGAGACCUCUACUAAAAAAGUACAAUGUCACAGUCUACCUCAGCGGUCAUGACCACAGUCUACAGUUUAUCCAGGAAGAUGAAGGCCUUGCAUAUGUUGUCAGCGGAAGUGGGAAUUUUGUGGACUGGUCGACAGAACACAAGAACAGUUUCCCUGAAGCCUGGCUGCGCUUUUACAAUGCGGACAUCAGCACCCUGGGAGGGUUUGCUUAUCUGGAGCUCACACAGGAGAAAAUGUUCAUCACAUACUUCCAGCCACAUGGAGAAUGUGUGUACAAAACUGUGUUGCCAAAGCGCAAGUUAUAAUGCCCAGUAGAAGUGGUCAGGAAAAUGAUACUUAUGCAUGUUAAUGCUUGGUCUUUUAGAGUGUUGAUAAUGCUAAAGUUCAGAUAAACCCCAUGUUGAAUCCAGUUUGUAUCCAUUUCUAUUUUCAGGUGACUAAGAGACAGAUGAACAGACAUUUAUCCAAAUUGAUAUCUCAUAAUUUAAAACAAAUUAUGCCUCAUCUAGUACCAUAAAGCUUAUCGUUCUUGUCUUCUUGCAUUCAAACAAGAUGAGUGUGCUUCUCACUUGUUAGGAGUCUUGGAGGUAAAGUGGAUUGCUUUCCUUGUGUUGUUUUUGGAAGUCAGCUGCACUGUACUCCUGAUGCUUCUCAUGAAAGCAAUCUUUCUGACAUUUUUAGGCAAAGAGUUCCUUUUUUGUUGUUUUUACUUUCACAGGUUCUUACCCUAAUUCCCAUAGUAAUGGUGAUACUGUGCCACAUUUAAAAAGUGGCUCAUUGUCUUAAUGUAAAUUCAAUACUGUAUGCAAUAUACUGCAACAGCAGUGUCUAUUGUUUCCUUUUAAAUGUGAAAAGGACACCAAGUCACCAUGAGAUAUACAAUACUGAGUCCCCCAGGCUUUUUUUGUUUUUCUUUGUCAAUUUCGUGUUGAAGCCAACUCACUGUAAAAACAUAAUCACAUAGACCUUACUAUUGCUGAAAUGCAUUUAAGAUUUUAAUAAACUAUUAUUAGGGUAGUGUUUGUUUUUAUUUAUUUACUUAUUUUGUAUGGUCUUAUAUACAUGUGAGACACCCACAUAUAUAUUAAACAUUUUGGUAUGAUGAGUAGAAUAUUGUAGAGCUAUAACAUUAAUGAUUAUGAUUUUAUUAAAAUGCAAAAAAUAAUGAACAGGGUUUUUGCCAACGUUAUGGAAAUUAUUUCUCUGUCAAAAAAUAUUUUACAAUUAAAAAUAGACCAUAACUUUGACAUUAACUGCUUAAACAUUUGCAUAUGAACAGCUCUGCUGUGGGUUACUUGCAUUUCCAUUUCCAUGUCAUUUUGUUAUUUGAUUUUCUUGAUGGUGUAUGCAAUUUGAGGCGUAUGCUACAUGAUAUUAUAAUAUUAUAUUGCAGUAGUUUGGGAGAAGAUGUUUAUCCUGUUGCAGGUGUAUGCAAAUUCAUCCUCAUCACAGAUUUUAGUAACACACUGUCUGCAGUACAGUAUAAUAAGCAAAUUAAUGUGAGGUUUUGAAUUAUUACACCGUGUAACAAUUUUUUAUUUUUUUUUGGU